CCAGUUCUUGGAAUCAUGAGAUCAUUAUUUCUUUUUCUGCAGAUCGAGGCGACUGGCAGAGGGAAAGAAAGUUCAACUAUGGUGGUGGCAAUAACAAUCCACCCUGGGGUGGUGACAGGCACCAUCAGUAUGAGCAGCACUGGUACAAGGACCACCAUUAUGGGGACCGGCGACACAUGGACGCCCACCGUUCAGGGAGCUACCGACCCAACAACCUGUCCAGAAAGAGACCUUAUGACCAGUACAGCAGCGACCGAGACCACCGGGGACACAGGGAUUAUUAUGACCGGCACCAUCACGACUCCAAACGGAGGCGAUCUGAUGAAUUCAGGCCUCAAAAUUACCACCAGCAGGAUUUCCGACGAAUGUCUGAUCACCGCCCCCCUAUGGGCUACCACGGCCAGGGACCCUCGGACCAUCACCGCUCUUUCCACACAGACAAAUUGGGGGAGUAUAAACAGCCCCUCCCCCCUCUGCACCCCGCAGUCUCAGAUCCUCGCUCGCCCCCUUCUCAGAAAUCUCCUCACGAUUCCAAGUCACCCCUGGAUCAUCGGUCUCCUUUGGAGAGAUCACUAGAACAGAAAAACAACCCAGAUUAUAACUGGAAUGUUAGAAAAACAUAAAGGACAGUUCGGAAAGAAGGGGAGUUGCAAGAGUCAUUAAGCACCUGGAUGUUUUUGGUCUGAUCCACAGGAGCCAGUUAUCUAGACCAGUGAUGGCGUUUCUGGACACGCUGCUGCUGUCAGCUCGCCGCUAAAGGAGCACUUCAGGGAGUGGGGGGCCUUUUGCUCGGUCCAGCUUUGAUUUGGGUCACCACUCCCGCACUUGGGCACCCCAUCCCAUUCCAGCCUUGUCCUGGCCUCCCACUUUGAUGGGUGCUAGGAGGAAGAGGUGACGUUUUGUCUACCAGCUUCACGGGCUGUUCCCCAGUGAAGGAAGAAAGGAUCUUGGAGUCGUGAAUGUUUUAUCACCAGGGCUGGCGCGCCCUGGACCUUGGCGCAUGGUCGGGGAAAGCGCGUGUGCAUGAAGGCUGCCGGGACCUGCUGGACAGCACGGGGUUUGGUUCACCAUGAUGUGAUGGAUGCUGCUGUUGGGGAGCGGGGCACGGGGGCGAGCGGGUGGGGUCUCGCAUCAUAGGACUUGAAGGGGAGCAGGUACCCCCCUCAAACGUGUUCUUGGGAGAAGUGACACUCGGCCUCAUCAUGUGACACCUGUGGUGCUGGGGGCGUGGGGGACGGGGAAACACUUCCACAGCGGCCGCUUCCCCACCAACACUAAGUUUUCCCACACUGUACAUUUCAAAGGUUUGGUCUCCCAGGUGGGCCUCGUUUGCCCCCUGUGCCAGGGAAAGUAGGGCCUGUGCAGCUGACUUCUGAGGGCUGUGAGUUGGGCAGCAUUGAAGUGGGCGUGGGUCCUGUUUGGUUGGGAGUGGGCUGCACGCAGGGCAGGCGGGGCGAGGGCUGGGUGUGUGUGGCCAGUGCGCUGGGAUCCCUGGUGGAUUCUGAUUCCUGGGAUGAGGGGUGACGGUCCUGGGCCUGGCGAGGGGGGAGCCGAGGGAGCUGGCUUGCUGACGAGCUGGUUGCUGGCAGCACCAGGGCGGGCUGCUGGGGAGGGGCGGACGGGUCUCCCAGCCUGGGGGUUGGUAGUGCGGCAAGUGGGGGAGGGCCAGCGUGGCAGCCGGUCACCAUCCAAAGCUGCGUCGGAGUUCCCUUCGCCCAGCUUGAAGAGGUAAGAUUCCGCAGAGUCACACAUCUCCUGCCGCUCAUGUGGUGGGUGACAGAUGCAAGUAAGUUGCCUGUGGUGAACACGUUUCCACUGCUAGUUGGAGAUCAUUCGAAUUGAACUCAGUAUCUUUUAGAAUGAAAUCAAGUUAAGUGUAAGCCUCAGUUCAUUUUUUUUUUUUUCCAAAACAGGAAGCAUCCAAGGACAGGGUAACUGAGCUGUAGAUAGAGUCAGACUAGAGUUGAAUUGAGUCAGGAUGGGAGGCAAGUUGGUUACAUUUGUUAAGGAGGCUCCUUUCAUUUUACUGGUUCUGGGGCCUUCCGUUCUGUUCACUUUAAAUAUAACUUGCCAGUAAUUGUUAAGAGUAUUCAAAGGCCUUUCUAGAUGGAGAUAGAAUAACUGACUUGAACAUACAGUGUGCCUAUAUGUGUCCAGGCUCAGAGCUGCUGGAAACCCUUCCAUUGGGCAUAUACAGGGUUAAACUCCCCGCACUAACCCGAGGGGCUUCAUAAAAUCAUUAUCACUUGCUGGUAUCCUGGGCAGCACCAUUAAUGCCUUUACUGUUGCCUCACCAGUGAGGCAGAGGUGGCUUUGGGGGGCCGUCACACUCUGCUUCCCAGAGCGUCCUCAGCCUCGCCUGUGCUGAGGUCCAUGUGAGAGUCUGGGUCCGCACAGCUCGUGAGGGGAGCUCAGUGGGCCCACCACUUCCUGAUCUAUUUCUCCUCCUGAUACUUGGCGUCGUUCACCCUGGGCUUGUACGACACGUGCCCAGAGCACAGCCCCAAGGGACCACAGAGGAGCCCCUGGCCACUGUCACCCCAGUGAGGACGUGUGAGACUGCUCCGUGGGGUAAGAUAGGAAAUCAUGCCUCUGCUUUGGCUACAGGUUGGGCUCCUUGCCAACAGUGCUGACACUACCUGUGUUUGUCUUGCUCAGGCCAAAGGGGAAGGGCAGCCUGGCUUGCAGAUCCUUGAGCCAUCAACGGGCCCUGGAGGUGGGCAGGGUGGGCCCUAGCACGGCUUCCCCUGUGGGAAGUCGGGUCGUGUCCUUUCAGUUAGAGGAGGCCAGGAGGAGGAAUUGGAGGGCCUGCAUUUCAGUGCUUAUCAAGGUUUUUUGUUUUUUUUUUCCCCUGAAGUUGUUGGUAGGAGAUGUUAUUCCCAAAGAUGUCUCAUCAUGAGGAAAAAGGAACUUACUUUUGUUCACAUUCAGGAUUUUUAGUGCCAUAUGAUGUAGCAAAAGGCAGUGUCAGCCAGGUCAGUAUUAAAUUGAUUAUGAAAAGUACAGUAUCCCCAUAAAAGCAUCUAUUUUAGGUGUCGGAGUAUGUUUGAAGGGUGGGUUGGGAGAGAGGAGGCAUUUCCUCAUUGUCCUAAAUCAGUAUGAAUACUGUAUGCUUAUAUCAAAACCAGAAAUUUGCACAGGUAGGAAUUCUCUCACUUGUGGAUGGGAGAAGCUGCCCCCGGAAUCUUUGAGGAUGGUAUUCCAUGGAGCCUAGCUUUGAAAGAUUUAGUUAUUAGGUAGAAAGAGCAGGGGCUGAGGAAGAGGGAGGUUGAACAGAACCCAGAACCUGAACAGAAACCCGGAUUCACGUGUAUGUCCUAGUCCUGGCAGAGGACACGGUAACUCCAGACUCGUCCCCGCCGUCUGUCACUGGCUCCGGGCUCCCCUUCCUUUUAGUCAUUCCUUAACGCUCUUUGAUGGGAACCCAGAACACUUCUCACGUCCUGCUGCAGACACUAGCCUGAUGUCUGAGAGCCGCAUCAGGGUGCGCGGUGCAAACACGAUUCAGUUAUGAAUUCACACAGUGACACUGAAAUCCUACAGACCAAAACCAAUGCGUCAGCAGGAGUGGUGGCCGGGGGCCCAGCACCAGCGCUCGCUCCUCUGGCUCAUCCGAGGGCUGCCGUGUCGGGCGAGGAGAGCCAGGCGAAGGGUCCAGGCUGCUUUAGUCCAUCUGUGUCCCACUCGGUUGGGGGCAGAUGGUUUUUCUUUAUUGUAAAAUUGUGGACUUUUAAAACCUGUUGACUAAACAGUAAUUAAUUUAUAUUUGUGAAAAAUGCCACUGUCCUAGUGAUUUCUGAUGUAAAUAAUGUUGUUUAUAUAGUAUGUAUUAAAUUUUCCUACAUUGUAAAACUGCUGUACUUUUGAUUCUUG